UAACUUAUUUAAAGACUUUGCUCCUUCCUCUCCCUCCCCAAAACCCUAGUUCCUCUGAAUCUCGCCGAAAUCCAUCCCAAGAUCAAAUUUUGGCGCUUUCAUCUGGAUACAUAGGCCUCCAGUUCUCGAGGUUUCAGUUCGAUUCUCGUUGAGAAUGGAAUCUUCGUACUCCUGUGCUCGUUGCGGCAAUCCUUCGAAUCUUCAGUGUCCCAAGUGUUUGCAACUAGGAUUACCUCGUGAAGGUGCUGUUUUUUGCUCACAGGAUUGUUUUAAGGCAUCUUGGAGCUCUCAUAAAUCAGUGCAUGUGAAGUCAAAUUUAGCAACUGGUAAAGCAAAUACAUCAUCCGAACAUUCGCAGGAGGGUUGGUUGUAUUGCUUAAAGAAAGGCCAGACUCGAACAUCUGUAAUUCCUCAUUUUGAUUGGACAGGUUCAUUAAGACCAUAUCCAAUAUCGCAGACGCGGAAGGUUCCUGAUGAGAUUGAAAAGCCUGAUUGGGCCUUUGAUGGGAUUCCCAAGAUUGAGCCCAACAGUGAUUUGCAGAGCAGAGUGGAGAUCAAAACUCCGGAGCAGAUUGAAAGAAUGAGAGAAACAUGUCGAAUUGCAAGGGAGGUCUUAGAUGCAGCUGCACGUAAGAUUCAACCUGGAGUUACUACUGACGAAAUUGAUGAGGUGGUCCAUCAGGCAACAAUUGCUGCUGGCAAGUUACCUUCAUUGUUUACUCUUAGUAGUUAACUAGAAGAAUGCCUA